CUCUCAUUAGAUUUUCUAUCUCCUAUCAGAGUGUCCCCCAUGGCCUCAUGGGCUAUGACAACUUACCUCCCAUGCUUUUCUUUCAUUCUAUUAAGUAUUGUAAUCCACCCAUCAACCCACACCAUUCCAAGAUCAUAGCUUGUGUCUUCUGCCUUGGUUAAUGUUAAUCACAAUUCGUUCAUUCAACAUUGCAAACUACCCAAAUGGGUUCGGGAAAUUGGUUCAAGUCAAUAAUUUGCCUAAAGAAAGCGAAGUACAAACGAUCCAAACAAGUGAAGGUACACACAGCGAACAGCAAGCCAAAUGGAUCAGAAAACAGUGCUUCUAGUGAAAAAUCCGGUGUUAUUAGUAUGCCGAUGGAACAUAUUGCUGCCAUGCGCAUUCAAGCUGCGUUUCGAGCAUUUAGGGCGAGGAAAGCUAUACGUCAUCUGAGAGGGACUGUGAAAUUUGGGACUUCAAUUGAAGCUGAUAGUGUUAAAAUGCAAGCAUUGGCCACUUUGAGCCACAUACAUUCUUGGAGCAAAAUACAGAAUCAGAUUAGAGAGCGUCGACUUUACAUGGUCAAUGAAGGACGGUUAAGGCAGAAGAAACUUGAAAGCCAGCUAAAACUUGAAUCUAAGCUUCAACAGAUAGAGCAGGUGGAAUGGUGUGGCGGUGCUGAAACAAUGGAGGAAAUAAUCUCCAGGGUAUACCAGAGAGAAGAAGCAGCUGUCAAGCGUGAGCGAGCCAUGGCAUACGCCUUCUCUCAUCAGUGGAGGGCCAACUCUGGGCAGUGCUUCGGCCAGGCCUACUACGAUCUAGGCAAAGAGAGCUGGGGAUGGAGCUGGAAGGAGCGGUGGAUAGCUGUUCGUCCAUGGGAGACUCGGGUUCACACCCAAUCAAUUGUCAUCCCAAAUAAGGUUCAGAGCAGACCGGUGAGCAAGGCAGGUAAAACUACUAACCAGCCGGCAACGAAAAUUGUAGUUUCAGUUAAACCCGCUUCAUCUAAUGGGAAGGUAACCACAAAAGCAACAAGAUCGCACUGCCUAAGUGCCGAGAAACGAGCCCUUCGAGAACCAAAAUGUGAAGUUUUAAGCUUGCACCAAUCCGAAAAUGAUGAAGCAAAGACCAAGCAAGAGAAAAACAUAGUUUAACAGAGGUCCUUUUUCCAUUUUUUUUUUUUCCUUUUUCUCUUCUGGUUUGCUAUGUUUGCCUGCAGAAUAAAAACCAGACCUCUUACCAGGGACUGAAUUGUUCAUCGUCAUCAAUACUAUAGUGUUUUGUGUAAUAUUUUGCUGUCAUCCAUAAAUUUGUUGUUGUAAUACAUGUUAUAUGUAUGUAAUUUAAUCCAAUUUGUAUUCGUUUUACCA